CGCAAAACACGAUCGUGUGCUGAAUGCCGACGACGACGAAUCCGAUGCGACGGCGAACAAAUCCCUUGUGCCCAGUGUGUCUAUUACCAGGUCCCAGAGCGCUGUCACUAUCCUCAGAGACAGUACCGUCGCGUCACGACAGUAAAAGCUUAUGAAAAUUUAUCAGACGCGUAUAAUACAGUCCACAGAAUUCUUCAGCGCUUGUUUCCCGGACUAGGUAUCCAAUAUCUAGAUACACUGUCCCGCGAGGAACUUAUUAGUCUUAUCUCCCCUCAGCCUAUCACUGAAUCUGCGCAAGCAGAAGCAGGCCAAAUUUCAGAACCGGCAGCGACAGAGAUUUUGUUGAGUUUUGAAGGUUCGCGAACCCGAGAAUUUAUCUGGGACGAGCGUUUUGAUGACGGAAAUCAACAACGCGGAGCCGGGAUCGACGAUGUCAAUGGAAUUACGGCUCUCUUUGAUACGGACAGUGGCCGCUCAUAUCUAGGAAUAUCUUCAGUCCCAGCAAUACUCCAUGUAAUGGCUUACACUUCACCACAUCUUAGUUACGCGAUACAGACGACCAAGAUGGCAGCCAAUCAGGAUCUGACCAACGCACCACUACUUGACCUACCACUACUAUUCUCACAGGGUUCAUGUCCGCCAUCAUGUCGACCGCAGGUAACGAAUGAAACCGCAUUGAUCGACGCAUACUUUCAAUUCCUCCAUCCCGUCCUUCCCAUGGUGGAUGAGGCCGACUUUCGUCAGUGCUAUACUCACGGCGGCAGAACAGACCUUGCUCGUGGUCCAUGGCUAGCAUUGCUGAAUAUGGUUCUUGCGUUUGGCUACAUAUCCUGUAACGAUGACCGUAAAGCUGGGCACUUAUAUUUCUCUCAUCGCGCUUUAGAGCAUAUGGGCGUUUCAUGCUUUGGUGUGGGUCAUUUAUAUAUGCUGCAGGCUCUGAUCCUCUUCGGUGGCUGGUAUUUGCAUUUCCUGAACAAGCCAAAUAUGGCAAAUGCUGUUCUGGGUGCAGCUCAUCGUAUGGCUCUGGCGAUGGGGUUGCAUCGAGAGACCCCGUUGGAUAGAAUGACUUCGGCUAAUAAUCAAUGGAUGGCUGGCGUGCGCACUAGGACUUGGUGGUGUCUUUUUUGUCUCGAUACUUGGUCUGGAACUACUCUUGGCCGUCCGCCAUGUCAUGUUCCGGGUACGGCUGGCUUGAAUGAAGCGUCAGCAUUACGCCGUGGGUUCUUGAAUUACGGUGCUAUCUCGAUGAACGCGAGCGUAACAUUUUCCAUUAUCGCUGCGCGCAUACAGGGACAUAUAGCUAAGACCCCGCUGAUUCCGCCUGCUACUCUGAAACAGUUUGAUAACGAGCUUCUCAACUGGCAUGAAAAUCAUCGCCUUGUAUUCCGGGGAGACUGUGAACCCAAUGGGGAUAUUUCUUUGGCAGCUCUUCUCAUCGAGUACCGAUAUUUGAACACGCGUAUGCUCCUCCACAGACCAUCCUUGCUCGUCCAGUGCGUAAAGGCUGGCAAUGUCGAUAGUGAAAUGACGUCUUUUGCAAAUACCUGCUGCUGUGUCGCCAAAAAGACAGUAGAUACGAUUGCAAAGACCUGGUACCCAAACCAGCUCCUGUCGUGGAAGGCAUCUUGGUUCCUCUUCCAAGCUUGCCUGGUCUUGCUCCUCAGGCUCCUGUCUACUUCAAUCUCCCCUUUUGAAGCAAAGGAGUUAGAGGAUUAUAUUACUCGAUCGAUGGAUUUAUUCACCAAGAUGUAUCCCUGGCGAACCGCACUGAAGCAAGGGCAAGACCUGAUACAA